AUGGGCGAGCUGGGAGGCAACGGCGUGGUGAGCGAGGGACUGCUGUGCGCAGAUGUGGCAGAGUGGAUGGGGAGGUGUGAGAGCCUGUGUGGUGGGUCCUCCCGGGACUGCGUGGGAAUCUGGCCAGAUUGCACGUCAGUCCAUGUGGUAAAGCCUUUGCACAUCAAAGUAAUCUCCAAGUACAUAAAAAAACACAUACUAGAGACAAACCCUAUAAAGCCUUUGCACAUCAAAGUAAUCUCCAAGUACAUAAAAAAACACAUACUAGAGACAAACCCUAUGAUUGUAAUGAAUGUGGUAAAGCCUUUGUAUGUCAAAGCAGUCUCCGAAUACAUAAAAGAACACAUACUGGAGAGAAACCCUAUGAAUGUAAUCAAUGUGGUAAAGCAUUUGCAUGUCACAGUUAUCUUCAAAUGCAUAAAAGAACACAUACUGGAGAGAAACCCUAUGAAUGUAAUCAGUGUGGUAAAGCCUUUGUGUGUCAAAGCGGUCUCCAAAUACAUAAACGAACACAUACUGGAGAGAAACCCUAUGAAUGUAAUCAAUGUGGUAAAGGCUUUACAUGUCACAGCCAACUUCAAAAUCAUAAAAGAACACAUACUGGAGAGAAACCUUAUGAAUGUAUUCAAUGUGGUAAAGCCUUUGCAUGUCACAGUCAUCUUCAAAUGCAUAAACGAACACAUACUGGAGAGAAACCCUAUGAAUGUAAUCAGUGUGGUAAAGCCUUUGCACAACACAAUCAUCUUCAAAGGCAUAAAAGAAUACAUACUGGAGAGAAACCAUAUGAAUGUAAUCAGUGUGGUAAAGCCUUUGCAUCGCAAAGUAAUCUCCAAAUGCAUAGAAGAACACAUACUGGAGAGAAACCCUAUGAAUGUAAUCAAUGUGGUAAAGCCUUUGCUCAUCAGAGUCAUUAUCGAAGUCAUGAAAGAACACAUACCGGAGAGAAACCCUAUGAAUGUAAUCAGUGUGGUAAAGCCUUUGCACAUCAGAGUCAUUAUCGAAGGCAUGAAAGAACACAUACUGGAGAGAAACCCUAUGAAUGUAAUCAAUGUGGUAAAGCCUUUGCACGUCAAUGUAGUCUCCAAAUACAUAAAAGAACACAUACUGGAGAGAAACCCUAUGAAUGUAAUCAAUGUGGCAAGGCAUUUGCAUGUCAAAGUAGUCUUCAAAUACAUAAAAGAACUCAUACUAGAGAGAAACCUUAUGAAUGUAAUCAAUGUGGUAAAGCCUUUUCACAACUCAAUAGUCUUAAAAUACAUAAAAGAAUACAUACUGGAGAGAAACCCUACAUAUGUAAUCAUUGUGACAUACCCUUUGUAUCAGAAACCUUCAGAAAUAUAAAAAAAUCAUACUGUAGUGAAACCAUCUAACUGUAGUCACUGUAGCAAUGUUUUGCAAGUCAUGGUAGUCUCUUUAUACAAGAAUAAAACAUUUUGUGUGUAAUAGGUCUAUUAAAGCCUCUGAAUAUAACAUUCGAUUUUUGAAUCCCUGGAAAAAAAGGGACUCAUAGUUUUCUUUUUUGCAAUUACAUGAAAUAAUGAACCCAGUUAUAAAACUUAAUAGAUGUAUAUUAGUGCCUUUUCUGUUGCUGUGAUAAAACAUCCUGUCUAAGUGAACUUACAAAAGGGUUUAAUUUGGCCCUUAAUUACAGAGGGAUACCGAAUCACCAUGAAUGUAUCAUG